UAAAAAAUCCAGUUAAGUAGCCAAGGCAGUAGCAACAUGCAAAUACCCAUGUGCCUUUGACCCUCAGUUUGAACAAACUCCACCUGCGCAGCGGCACGAACUCGAGGCUGAGUGUACUGGUGUCGAAAUCGAUUGCACCUAUGGUCCGCCCCCCCGUCCCGGCGGCUAUCCUGUACUACCCGGUUGUUAGCUACCGUUAUAAGUAGCUAUUAGAUUUAUAGGAAAUAUUUUAUUUGCACCAGCAAUCAAGGGUAUUUAAUAAUUUCUCAGAACACAGUACGAGAGAAGAAAUGAACAGUCGUCUUCAAGAGAUACGCGAGAGGCAAAAACUUAGGCGGCAGCUGUUAGCUCAACAGCUGGGAGCCGAAAGCGCAGACAGCAUCGGAGCUGUCCUACACAGUAAAGACGAACUAAAAGAGAUCGAGGAGACCAGAGAAACAUGCAGGGCUUCAUAUGAUAGCACGGCCCCUCUUUCCAAAAGGAAAGCACAGACAGAAGGAGAGGACACUGAGGAGGAUGUGGAAGAACAAAAGGAUGAGUUGGAAGUGCAGCAACCAGAUGAAACCAAUCCAUAUGAGGAAGUGUACAAGGACUCAAGUACUUUUCUCAAGGGUACCCAGUCUUUGAAUCCUCACAAUGACUAUUGUCAGCACUUUGUGGACACUGGGCAUAGGCCACAGAACUUCAUCAGAGAUGUUGGCUUGGCAGACCGAUUUGAAGAAUACCCUAAACUCCGUGAGCUGAUCAGACUGAAGGACGAACUCAUCUCCACCACCAACACUCCUCCCAUGUACCUCCAGGCAGACCCAGAGCACUUUGACCUGAAGGAUUUGAAGUGCAAAUUUGAUGUGAUUUUGCUUGAGCCUCCCCUAGAGGAGUACUACAGAGAAUCAGGCAUCAGCCACACCGAGCGCUUCUGGACAUGGGAUGAUAUCAUGAGACUGGAGAUAGAAGAGAUAUCUGCUCUGCGUUCCUUUGUCUUUCUGUGGUGUGGUUCUGGUGAAGGCCUGGACUUGGGCAGAAUGUGUUUGAGGAAGUGGGGCUUUAGGAGGUGUGAGGAUAUCUGCUGGAUCAAGACCAACAAGAAUAACCCAGGAAAGACCAAGGCACUGGAUCCAAAAGCAGUAUUCCAAAGGACCAAGGAGCAUUGCCUAAUGGGAAUCAAAGGAACAGUGCGUAGGAGUACUGAUGGAGACUUCAUCCAUGCCAAUGUAGACAUUGACCUGAUCAUCACAGAGGAGCCCGAGAUGGGAAAUGUAGAGAAGCCUGUGGAGAUCUUCCACAUCAUUGAGCACUUCUGUUUGGGCCGCAGGAGGUUGCACCUGUUUGGAAGAGACUCAACCAUUAGACCAGGCUGGCUGACAGUGGGUCCUACUUUGACAAAUACCAACUUUAAUCCAGAAACCUACGCCACACAUUUUGCUUUGCCUAAUUCCCAUCUGUCUGGCUGCACAGAAGAAAUAGAGAGGCUCCGGCCCAAGUCUCCCCCUGUUAAGCUAAAGUCAGACCGUGGUGGCGGAGCACCCAGGGGGGGACGUGGUGGACCAAAUGCUGGAAGAGGGGGAGACAGAGGUCGAGAAAGAAAUCGACCAAAUUUCCGUGGAGACAGAGGAGGGUUCAGAGGUAGAGGAGGGCCACAUAGAGGCUUUCCACCUCGCUAGAGUAAAGGGGGGAAUGGGAAUGGGAAUUUCCUUUGCUUAGUCUGCUGACUUAUUCAUAACUCAUUUUGUAUGGUUUGUAUGAAAAAGUGGAGAAGUUGGCAAAUGUGGUUACUUUUUAUUUUUGUUUAUAUUUUUCAUGGAUAUACAUUAGAUUGAAUGGGAAUAGUCUGAAUAAAUACAUUUUCAUCA